AUGUGCUUUGACCGGUUGUCGUCGGCACACUUGCAACUCCCAGUGACGUUCCAUGUGCUGGUCAAGAGCUCAAAGACUAGUACUACGGACAACCCCCCCAUCUGUGUUGGCCACGCGUUGCUGAGUUUGCAGUACUUGAUCCAUGCGACACUGUUGUAUGAGUGCGAUGUCUGUGGCGACACCAUGUCCGAUUGGACGACCCAUGCCAACCACUUGGACGACGUCGGAGGUCGUACAACGACCUUGUACAAACCGUUCACCACGUGCGACGUAUACGUGCCCGUGAUGGAAGCCACGCCAGUCGCCAUCCUCCACGUCCGCGCGAAAUGGACCCACCCCGAGAGGUAG